GUCCGACCAGAAACCGAGCAAGUCUUGUGUUCCUUCGUUCCCGUCCUUUUUGAAUUUUCUCGUUCCGUGUGUUAAUUUUUCUUUUUCUUCCAUCAGCUAUCAGUUUCCUAUCCCCCCUUUUUUUUGUCUUUCCUUAUUCAGUUUUGACAAGAAAAACAAACAAAGCACACAUACUUUAAAUCAAUUUCGUAAUUUUGACUUGAUUUAGUAAUCUAUAAAAAAAACACACGGGCUGUUUUUUCAUUUCUUUUUGAAGAGUUUUUUUGAUUCGUAUACCAUUUUACUCCCCACGUUUUCCAAUCAGAGAUAUUUGGUUCCCUGUUUUUUUUUUUCUCAAACGACAACGACGAGAGUGAGUGUGUGUGAGACCACGCGGGUGACCACCGGCCAUUUUCAACCAUUUUUCGUCACAUCCCAAGAUUACACAGUAGCCGACAAAAGCAGAAAAAUGAACGGUUUAGAAAGCCUACCUCAACACGGCGCCUUGACAGCCAAUGGACUCAACCACGUUGCAUCCGUCAAUAAUGUUAGCCACGGAUCCCAGCACAUUGUGCCCAAAGAUGACGAAAGCAAGACCAACUUGAUCGUCAAUUACUUGCCGCAAACCAUGACGCAAGAGGAGAUCCGCUCCCUUUUCGCUUCCAUCGGCGAAGUUGAAAGCUGCAAACUCAUCCGUGACAAAAUUACAGGUCUUGAAUUUUAAAUCAAUGUAGCAGGGCAGAGUUUGGGCUACGGAUUUGUCAACUAUCACCGAGCCGAAGACGCCGAGAAAGCCAUUAAUACUCUGAACGGAUUACGUCUACAAAACAAAACGAUCAAGGUUUCGUUCGCGCGUCCCAGCAGCGAAAACAUCAAGGGGGCCAACUUGUAUGUCAGCGGCAUUCCCAAGACUAUGUGCCAGAGCGAACUGGAGACUCUAUUUGCGCCGUUUGGACGCAUCAUCACGUCUCGCAUCCUCUGUGACAGCAUUACGGCAGCCGGUCUGUCAAAAGGGGUGGGUUUCAUUCGGUUUGACACGCGCGGGGAAGCGGAACGCGCCAUCGAGAAGCUGAACGGCACGGUGCCGCAAGGAGCCACCGAGCCCAUCACUGUCAAGUUUGCCAACAACCCGAGUAAUUCUACCAAAGGUUUAGCUCCGUUGGCCGCUUAUCUACCUGAAUUUUCGUCUGGUGCUGCAGCUGCAGCUGCGGCGGCGUUGGGCGUUAGACGCUUCGGAGGACCCAUACAUCCAACCGGACGUCUUCGCUAUAUCCCACUCUCUCCUUUGGCCAGAGGCGGGGCAGCGUGGCAACCGAUGGGCGUCACCGGUGUGAAUGACGGUGUUGGGGUCAAUGAUCUGAGCAUCACCGACCUGUCGGAAGGCGCUCGCACUCCUUCCAGUGCGGGCAAGGCUGUGUUGGCCCUCAACAAAGGGCUUCAAAGGUUUUCGCCUUUGGCCGGUGAUAUUUUGGCGUCGCCCUUGCUGCCAGGAGCCGCUGCUGCAGCCGCCGCCGGAGCUGCUAUUCCAGAUGUUUACUUCAAAUUUGAUGAAGGGACAGGUUGGUGCAUUUUCGUUUACAACCUGGCACCCGACACGGAAGAGAGCGUCCUGUGGCAGCUUUUCGGCCCCUUUGGUGCUGUCCAGAGCGUCAAAGUCAUUCGCGAUCUGCAAACUAACAAGUGCAAGGGUUUCGGCUUCGUCACCAUGACCAACUACGACGAAGCUCUCGUAGCCAUCCAAUCGCUUAAUGGCUACACGCUUGGUAACCGCGUUCUGCAAGUUUCGUUCAAAACCGCCGGAUCCUCGACAGGGCGCACCAGCAAAGCCUAAAUGGGGCGCCCAUUUGCCAGAACCAGCCACUUACAUCCACACAUGUUACACGUACACACACACCACACACACACUCACGCUUUAGUAGCUGACAACCUCCCUCCAAGAAAAACAACAGAAAGAAGACAAGCCCUCCUCCCCGCAAAACAUCUCUCGCACUUGACUCGUCUGCGAGCAUUUAAGACAGGAAAGAAAAAAUCAUCCUGGAACACACCCAUCCUAACUCACCCCACUCCACAAACCAAUUAUCGGUUUACAAAGAUAUCUUCUCAUCAAAAGUUCAUCGUUUACAAAGCUAGUCAGCUCUGCUCAAGCGACGUUAUUUAAAAAUUGCAGUACGCAUAGAAAAACGGAAGAGAAAAUGAAGCAACGAGGAGAAUUAGACGCGCGAGAUAUAGUCGAGACGAUUUGCGAAUCAUUUUUUUUCGCAGCGAGGCAAGAAAUGGAUCUCAUCAAUUGUAAAAAAAAAAAAAAAAAAAAAAAGAGAGAAAGAGAUUGCUAGUCACUUGGUUGAAGGAUAUAAUAUUUUUUUUCUUCUGGAAAAAACAGAAAAAAGAGUGAAUGCAAAUCGUUUUCACUUUUGUCCUCGUCAACAACGUGUUCUCGACCAUUCUGUGAAUUUGAAUGGUGCAAAAAAAAAAAACUUUUGUUUAUCUUUCGUACACCUUCUUUUCCCCAAAUCUCACCCAGAAUGAUGUUUUCCUUCCCUUCCGUCAGUCGAAAACCUUCAAAGCUUAAAUUAUCGAACGGCCGGCUUUUGGGGAGUUAUUCCAGACAAUUUCAUUUUAAUCCUUAACUUUCAGACGAACCCUUGCCCUUACUAACUGAGAAUUUUUGUGUCUAUUUUUUUUUUAUUUAUUAAUUUUUUUUUUAAACCGAGUUUUGGAUAUUUAUCUGAAUUCGUUUAUUUCGCUAUUUGGUUUUUUCCCCCUCAUGUCCCCUACUUGGUUUAUCACUUUCAGUUACACCAAUUUUUCCGAACUUUUUCAUUUAUUAUUUCGUUUAAUUUUUUGUUUGUCUUUUUUUCCUGUGUGAAACACAUUCGUACACGACACACACACCACACAUAUAUGAACGUACGCUAAGGCGUGCAACGAUAGAACUGAAAUACUCGCAAAAGUCUACUUAAUCGCAAGAGCGCGUCGCGGACAGACACGUCAGGAUUGCGGAUGUUUAGUCGAUACAUUCCUUUAUUGUUAAAGAAGUUGACGACAGAGAAAUGAGAGGAAAGGUUUCAUUUUUUUUAUUUAUUCUUAUUCUUUUUUUUUAAUUAAGAAAGUUAGUUCUUUGACGUUUUUUGCGUGUCAUCUUUUUCAAUUUCACUCGUUUCCCUCCUGUUUAUCGAGUCGAGUAGCGGUAACUAGUUUUCUUUUAUUCCUACGGUAGUGAGUAGAAUUAUGAAAAAGGUUAAAUUCAUCAUUAUUAAUUAGCGCUUUCCAUGUUUUUGCGCCGCACGCAUUCGUUUUCUUUCCUUUUUGCGAGCGAUAAAAUAACAUCCAAAGCAAAGCAAUCGAGUGAUUGGUUUACGAACUUGGCUCUGACAUUUUCGUAGAUAUUUUGGCUCGCUCAUUUCGUCCCUGUUUUUUCUCAUUUCGUCACGUUGUUCGGUUCUUUCUCCCCUAUUUCAAAGAACCGAGGCCAGUAUGUUUGGUCUACCGUAGUUAUUCAUAGUUUCGUGUAUUUUUAUCAUUGAUUCUCUUUCUCAUCAUUUCGAAAUGCCACCUUUUUUGGUCAUUGUUUUCUUGUCGCGCUCUCGAUCUCUUCUCCUCUUUUUUGCGCUCUCCUUUCUCUAGUCAACCCGUCGAAAAUUUUUCUCUCGUUUUUUGAAUUCCAAUUUUUUCGAUUCGUGUAGUUUCUCCUUGAUUUGUCUUUUAAUUUUGGUCGUUCAAACAACCAACUUACAUCAACAACUGAAGAACAAUCGAAAACUUAUCCGAUCCGUUUUCGAAUUUCGCGCCACGAUUGACACUUUGAACGAGCGUUUUGAUGGAAAUGAUGAACGUUAAGAAAAAAAAAAGGUUUACCGCGAUGCUCAAGUCACCUCACACGCUACCGCGGUGAAUGGAACGUGAAAGAUCACAGGGAAAAGUAUUAAUAUCAAGAUAGGCUUAAAAAACAAACAUACAAAAAUCAACGCGAUAUUAACACUUAAGAAACAGAAAGACAAUGUUGAAUCUAUAUAGAAAUUGAAAAAAUACCCAAAAAAAUCGAAUGCUUGUAUAUACAAUGAAAUACCGAACAUUUUCGUGGGAAAAUACAUCACCUUAUAAAAGAUAA